AUGGCUACAUCUGUGGACUCCAUCAACAUCUUCCGGGUGGAUGGCAUUGUGGCUGUUAUUACCGGCGGUGGCAGUGGCAUUGGUCUGACUAUGACCCGGGCCCUGGCUGCCAACGGUGCCCACAAGGUUUACAUUCUAGGCCGUCGACUGGAAGUUCUCGAGAAGGCCGCUGCCGAAUAUCCCGAUGUUGUCAUCCCCCACCAAGCCGAUGUGACCUCCAAAGCAGACCUUCAGACGGCUGUGAAUCGAGUCAAGUCGGAAGUGGGCUAUGUUAACGUUGUUGUCGCCAAUUCUGGCAGCAUCGGACCCCCCGUACGGUUCAACCCGGCAGCCUCUCUACCAGACUUGCGCGAAUCUCUAUUCACCAAUUUCUCGAUGGAAGGCAUGACCAAAGCUCUCAACCUCAAUAUCACUGCUGCUUUCUUCACAAUGACUGCCUUCCUCGAAUUGCUCGAUGCAGGAACGCAAAACGCCUUGGAUGGCGGGUUCGGCAAGCCCCUGAAGACGGGCAGCGAUGUGCCCUCGAUUCAGAGCCAAACCUCGUCGCCACCGUAUCUGACUAGCAAGGUGGCGAUCAUGCAGGUGGCGAAGCAUGCUAGUACCCAGCUGGCCAGGUUUGGCAUUCGCGUCAACGCCAUUGCUCCUGGCAUCUACCCCUCGGAGCUAUCAUCGGUUCUUAUUUCAAGCCGCAACCCCGAGGAAGAGACCUUCGAGGAUGAUCGCUUCAUCCCAGCCCGCCGUUUCGGAGGAGAUGAGGAAAUGGCCGGUGCCAUUCUGUUUCUGACAAGUCGGGCAGGCAGCUACUCGAAUGGAUUAAUCCUCACUACCGACGGUGGUCGCUUGUCCGUCAUGACCGGUACAUAUUAG